GGCUCAUCCACUCACUUUCUUCGCACUGCGAAAAUUGGAAUUGAUUUAGGCUGCAGCAGGUAUUACAGCAGAGGCUCCUUUCUUCUACUGCAACUUGGAAUAGUCAGUUCUCAUUAUGUGAGGUUUGCAGGUUUUCCUUGGCACUGCAUGCGCCACACCCGGACGGAACACCAAAAAGAGGCUCGAUCCUGA